AUGAUAGGAUCACUACUACAGACUCUCCUCGUAUGCGGCACAACAUAUGUGCUGUGGAAGUACUUCCGUCAGAUUAUCGUCAAGUCCGACCUCGACAAGCUCGAUGGGCCUCCCCCCGAAUCGUUCCUCCUCGGUAACCGACGGCAGCUCAGAGAUAAACAGGGCUGGAACUUCCACCUCGACAUCGGGAAGAAGUAUGGCCGGGUCGCUCGGCUGCAUGGAUUCCUGGGCUCCAAGCUUCUCUACGUGCACGACCCGAAGGCCAUGCACCACAUCGCUGUCAAAGAGCCGUAUAUCUUUGAAGAGACAGAGUGGUUCCUCAGUGCGACGAAGCGUCAAUUCGGAAUGGGCCUGUUUUCCUCCGUCGGCGACCACCACCGUAAACAGCGGAAGAUGCUCAAUCCCGUCUUCUCAGUCGCCCAUCUCCGGGAAAUGAUGCCGACUUUCUACAAGGUCGUCCAUAAGCUCGGGGAGGCCAUCGAGAUGCGUACAAAGGACGGCUCCGCCGAAGUGGACAUGGUGAUGUGGAUGGGCCGCACCGCACUCGAGCUCGUGGGGCAGGCCGGGCUCGGCUACUCCUUCGAUCCCCUGACCGAGGAGAAGGCCGACCCGCUCGGAGAGGCGAUCAAGAACCUCAUGCCCGCAUCCGCAGGCCUCGGGUCUCUCACGACGCUGCUCCCGCUCGUGGAGAAGAUCGUCCCGGAGCCGCUCAUAGUCCCACUCGGAAAGCUGGUCCCGAUCCCGGCAUUGCACCGGAUGAUGCGCGAAACGCGUAUCAUCAAGGACAAGUCGCUCGAGAUCUUCGAGGCGAAGAAGGCCGCGCUCGCGAAGGGAGACGAAGAGAUGAAGCUGCAGGUCGGCGAAGGUCGGGACAUCAUGAGCGUCUUGCUCAAGGCGAACAUGGCGUCCGCGGAGGCGGACAGGCUUCCAGACCAUGAGCUAAUCGCCCAGAUUGCCGUGCUCGUCUUUGCGGCAAUGGACACGACCUCGAACGCGCUCUCGCUCACCCUCUGGCGCCUCGCACAGAACAAGGACAUCCAAGCCCGGGUCCGGCAAGAGAUCCUCGACGCGCAGAACGGCAGCGACAUCGGCUACGACGACCUCGUCUCGCUCCCGCUUCUGGACGCGGUAUGCCGGGAGACUCUGCGCCUCCACGCGCCCGCGCCGCUUCGAUUCAGGGAGGCCCGCGAGGACGCGGUUCUGCCGCUCUCUAAGCCCGUUCGGGGCGCAGACGGCAAGGAUAUGCAUGAGAUCCUCGUGCCCAGGGGAACGGAGGUGUACAUCUGCAUCGGCGCCUCGAACACGGACAAGGAGCUGUGGGGGCCGGACGCGGAGGAGUGGAAGCCGCAGCGCUGGCUCGCGCCGCUCCCCGGCGAGGUGACCGAUGCGCGCAUCCCCGGCGUGUACGCGAACUUGAUGACGUUCUGGGCAGGCGCUCGCGCGUGCAUCGGCUUCAAGUUCUCUCAACUCGAAAUGAAGGUCGUCCUCGCUGUCCUUCUGUCGACGUUCGAGUUCGACCUGUCAGACAAGCAGGUGUACUGGAACGUCGCGCCCGUCGUGUACCCGUCGGUCAUGCCCUCUGGCCGGGAUGCGGCGAUGCCGAUGAAGGUGACGCUGCUCAAGAAGUAG